AUGGUGGUUGCAGUGGAGCAUGGGGAGGCUUUGAUGUCUAGAUAUUCUACGUGCGAUGUUGAUGGGUGUUUUGUACUUAUUCUUAUACUUGUAUUUAUAUUUAUUUAUGUUUUGGGGGAGGGGGGGAGGUUUGGUGAUGUUGGUGGUGUUGUCGGCCAAGGAAGUUGUAGUGUCUGGAGAAGUAUGGAGAAUUAUAGAUUGAAGGGAUUUAGAUUAUUCUGGAUUUAG